AUGAGACAGACGACCUGGGACCGGAUGGUCGUGGUUCCGCUAUCGUUUGCCGAUUUUCAGCAGCAUUAUGGCUCAAUCAGAGUGGAGAGAAGGGAUCAGAUGGCGCGAGAAGAGACAAAGGAACGGAAGGCGUGGCUGGCCACGUCGAACAUGAUCAGGGACGCGGAGAACCGAGAGCUGGAUGAUCUAAAGGACAUUUUCUCUUGCUACGGAUUCUGUGCCAAGCCCUUUUUCAGAUUUCCACAAGACAAGCCUAGUGUUCAGAAAAGGCCUCUUGACUACACCUUUUACGCCGCGCCGGUGCCAAGAGACGAAAACAGUUUGUGGUAUUCUCUUGCGAUCCUGGUCGAGGACAAACCGACCGACGCGAAAUGGAUCAAGGGGAAAGUGGCGCACUGGUUCUACGAGAACUUGAUGAGGCCGAGGUCGGAGCGGUUCCGAAUGUAUCACCACCUACUUGCAGAGUCCGUGGACUGCGUUGACGAGGAUGACGCAAAUGACUGGGGAAUGAUGGACCUCCUCCGGUGUCUCAACAGGAAUGAUACGGAGGCCGGGAUGCCGAGGGAGGCCGGAUUCCACGAGAUGCUCCAUCUGGUGGCGGACUUCCUCGACACCGAAGUAAUCACGUUCACGAGGCCCCGUUUUCCAAGCACGUACAACGCCGGUGAACGGGUCAUGAAGCAGUGGUUGCAGGAGAACCCGUACGAGAUGAGGGUAUACGGGAACCAGUCGUCCCAGGAGACGUACCAGCUGCCGAGGUUCCAGAACAGAAAGCAAAUUCUGCUGGUGACGGACCCGGAGCUGCGGCACUUCCAGCCCGUCGUGCGCGUGACGCCCGAGAUGCCCAGGUACGAAGCCGGCGACAGAUCCUUCCACGGACACUACCUCCCCACCGGGGGCUUCGAAGUUUGGGACCGCCAUAUGCCGAUGCCGUGGUGGCCCGGAUUCCGCUGGGACGCCGAUAACCGCCGGUGGACGGGGGACUGGGACGAUGACGACCUACGGCGUCGCAUCACGAUUUACCAGAAGCUGCAGAUGAAACCGAGCGACAUCACGACCGGCAACAUCAUACACUCGGUCAGCAAAAGCCAGCUGCAGGGGCCAUACUUCGCCAACGAGCCGGCCGGCCACUUGCUCCAGGGGCUGCAGACGAUGUACAACCUGAGACAAUCGUAUGUCGGCGACGCGGACACGGACCGGAAGGCGCUGUUCCGCUGGAGCAAACAGUCCCGGCUCACGUGGACCGCCGAGGCGCCCAGUCGCGAUCAACCGCUGGACCCUGCGCCUCGCUUGCGGGACUUUGAUGCUAGGAUUGGGUCGACCCAGUUCCCUGCCCGAUUCCCAUCCAAGAGGCAGUGGGAUGCGAUGGCAAGCGGCGGCCGGGACUACCCGGAGCAGAUCAACAUCGGCCGCCACGAGGACUGCGGCUGGCUUAGGCUCGAAGCGACGGAGACGGAGAACAGGCGUCCGGACUGGCACGAUAACAAGAGGAGGAGGAAGGUGCCGGGGUCUUGA